AUGUCAAUCGAAAAUCUCAAGAUCAAUGAUCCCUUCGCCGACGCCGACGAAGAUACCGGACAAUCGCAGGCCAACAAGCAGGAGUACCUCCAUAUACGCAUUCAACAGCGCAAUGGACGCAAAACCUUGACCACAGUCCAAGGCAUUCCCCCCAAGUUUGACCACAAGAAAAUCCUCAAAGUCAUCAAGAAGGAUUUCGCUUGCAAUGGAACGAUCAUCUCCGCUGCGGAGUCCAAGGGCAUGGGCGAAGUGAUUCAGCUCCAGGGCGACCAGCGCAGCAAGAUCCGUGACUUCCUUAUCGACAAGGAUAAUGGACUUGGUCUCGAUGAGAAGACCAUCAAAGUCCACGGCUUCUAA